GCAGUUUGAGGGUGAGUCACCAUACUCAAACUCCAAGUUGAGCACUUUUGGACGUUGACCUUUUCUAGAAGAAAGUCUAAAAGUCUAAAAAGUCUAAAUUGCCGUUUACCACCAUAACAUCUACAACAUCCAAAAUUUGCACCAUCACACCUUCCUCAUAGUUUGUAUUUAGAAAAAUGCAAAACUGAAAGGGCCACAGAAUGGUAUAUAACGUAUUCUUUCAAAUCGUCAGUUUGUUGGAUUUAUGGGUAAAAAAAUGAAAGACAUAUUUUUCGUGUUUUCCGAUUCAUUUCGCUGAUUUUGGUGAUAUGAGGCCUUUCUUAAAUGGAAUGCCGCUUGGUGAAAGAGCAUUUUAAAAAGCUCGAAGACGUCUUGGUUUGCACAGGAAUCUUUUCUGUACAUGAUGAGGCUAUUACAAAAAAAUUAUCACUCAAAUUCGGGACUUAGGUUUCUAGAGUCAGGGUUUUCCAGAGACCUGGAUCCUAUGGAUUUUAGUGGAAUCUUUAUUUGCCAUAGACUAGAUUGGGAACUCCUUGAGUUAUUCAAAUCUGUGCUCACAUUUGUUGUAGCUAUUAUCUUCGAUCAGAAAAACUGAAAAUAAACCUGGUUCAGUAGUUUUGAAAGUCACGGUUGACAAAACUCGCGACAGUCAGGUAUUGUUCAAUAUAUAAAUGGUUGGCGGCAUACUUUUUAAAAAAAUUGAUGUUGAAGCACGUUAAAUUCUGCACUUUUGUAUAUCAUAACCAUUUCGGGUCCGAUUUUGUAUACAACACUGUAUCUCAAUCACCAUUCUACAAUGGGUCAAAAAUGCAUCCGUUGGGUAUCCUGCUCAUAAGUGUAACAAACUUACAAUUUGAAAGAAUACGUUAUAUACCAUUCUCUGGCCCUUUCAGUUUUGCAUUUUUCUAAAUACAAACUAUGCCUAAUCUCUGUGUGUAAAAGAAACUAUAAUCAUUUUUAUGUACACUAAAAAAAUCGAGAUAUCUGUCAAGCCCAAUACAUUUACGAAGACAAACUUUUAAAAUAAUAUGUUGUAGCUCAUUGUGUAGCCCGUGAAAUUCUCCAUCGAAUGGUAUAUACAGUAGAGUGGUUCACGCUAAAAUAAAUGGAUAUCAUAAAAUAUGAACGAUAUUGACCUACUGGUUUGGUGAGAUGCUACAGAGUAUGCUGUAAUCAGUGUUUAUUAAUUUUCACCAUGGAUAAAAAAUUAAAAGUUUAAAAAAAAGAAAAUAAUAAGAAGAAGAAUUAAAAAAGAUUGAAAGACGGCUCGGUUAUUCUCUGUACAAAAACGUUUUCAAUACAUCAUUAGUUGGACGGAGAAAGAAAAUGAAAGGGAAUGCAGUUCACAUCGGUUAAUAGAGUGAAUAGAUAAGAGAGGAAUGCUCUAGGAAGAUGCAUAACUGUUUGUGCAUGCAGUAUGUGAGUUUGAUGAUUCGGUAGUGGAAUGCGAGCAAUAGAACGGAAAUCAAACUAUCAUGGGAUGGGAAGAAAGAAAGGGAGAAAUGAAUCGUCUCUCAAGUAUGUUUAUCCCUUGUACGUAGAAACAUUGCGGAGGUAUAGGAAAGGAAAGAUGAAGAAUGUAUGAUAGUUUUUUAUUACAGAUGGCAAGGACAUGAGAAAUAAUGGUGAUUUUAAGUGAGCAAAAUAAUUAAAAACUAAAUAAAAGGAAUUGUAUCAGAAACUUGGGGAGGGCGGGUAGCGGAGAGAGGCGAUGUGCGAAUGAAUCCGGAGGGUAGUUUCAUGAAGCGAGUAUUUUUUAUCGCAGUUGGAGAGUGUGUUUAAAAGAUCAGGAUUUAAGAUCCAAUCCGAGAAAAAUGGAAAAAACGAGCUAAAAUUCCAUAAGAGACCGGAGUAGUCAUCUCCUUAGUCUACUCCCAUUGCUUGUAGUUGUCCUGGGACUACUUCAUACGGCUUUGGGAAGCGGUAUUCAGUUUUUGUAUAUGUAUGUGAGGAGGUGUUGAUAGUCCGGGCCGCUGAUUGUAGUCAUCCACUUGGAUGAUAUAGGGUGCUUGUCCGGCGAAAGUGGCAUAUGUUGUUGACCGUCUUUUAUCAAUGUCAAUCAUGAUUGUCAUUGGUCGGUAUUUUCUUAUAUCCCGUUUAAUAAAUUUGACUAUGACGUAUCCAAUGGCAACAGCAACUAUAGCGCAGUGAUUAUAAUCAGAAUAUCACGCCAGUUAAAAUGAACACGUUAUCAAUUUGAAUUUGCCGAUAUUUCUACACUUCAAAACAUUUUACAUGCAUAUUAUGCUGUAAUUAAAGAAGUUAAUGUUGAAGCAAUAGAUGGACCAAGAUACAAGUACUGGAACAGUAAAUAAAAUUGGCAUUGGAUGAAAAAUUUAUAUAAUAUAAAUAUAUUCUCAAUAUUAAAUCGUCGCAUUUUGAGUGCAUAAUGCUAAGUCUAUAUGCGAUAAAGCGAGUGUUCAACUGAUUAAUAGCACGGUAAGAACGAAUUAUGCAAAAUUACACAAAUUAAAAUGUAAAACAGCUUAUCUGCAAAGCAAAAUCAAUGAGAUUGACCAUGAUAAAACAAGAUUACCGUUCUGAUGUACCAACAUCGAUGUAUCAGUACAGUAUGUUAGAAAAGAGAUGAAAAAGAAAUUGAGCGUCAAGUGGUAUCAGCUCAAAAAACGGAUAGAACAACUGAACUACCGUAAUAAUAAUGACUUGAAUAUAAAGAAGGAAGAAAACAAGGUACAAGAAGAAGAGAACAAUAAAGGCUCGGACACGGUUGUAGAUCUCUCUAGUAGAAGGAUCGAUGAGGAUGAACGUUCGUUAUUGAAAAAAGGGUUGAAUUUCAUACCGACUCAACCUUUGAAUGAAACUAAAUUUGUAGCGAAGCUAGUAGCGCGGGCUGAAGCAGGUAUUUACCGUAAAAGCUUAGGGGACAGAGAAGAAAUUGUUAGUGAAGUGAAAAGAGUGUUGGAGCAACAAAUUCAGGCGGACAAAAAGAAAUACUUUGAAAAUUUAUCUAGAACACAAAAGAAAGCAAUCAAAAAACUAAAAGAGGAUGAAGAGAUUAUCGUAAUUCCGGCAGAUAAAGGAGGCAGAGUAGUCGUAAUGAACGUAACUGACUACAUCAAGAAAAUACGUGAAAAAUUAGAUACAAAAGCAUAUGAACUGUUAGAAGAAGAUCCGUCAAAAUCUAUACAUAAAAAGUUAGAAUUGCUACUAGCAGAGUUAGUGGGUAGAAACGAGAUUGAUCAGGACGAAAUGGAGAUGUUACUAGAGAAUAAGAAAAUACCCUUUGUACGAGGACAAUUAAAAGUCCACAAACCAGAUAAAUCGAUGCGAUUAAUUGUAUCGAUGAGAGACACAAUGGGAUCAGCACUAACUAAAUUUAUCACAAAUAUAACCAAGUCAGUAGCCGAUAAUAACAGAUCAAUCAAAAAUACCCAAGAUCUAGUCACUAAGUUGUACAAAUUAAAGGUUAAGAAAACAAGCAAACUAGCCAGUUUAGAUAUAACUGAUUUAUUCACGUCAGUAGAUCGUGAGAAAGUCAUCGUGAUAGUUAGCGAUUUGUUGGAUCAAGAUGAAUCGUGGAAAAGCAAAACCAGUCUAACAAAAGAAAAUCUAUUAAGGUUAAUUGAAUUCAGCAUUGAGAAUGUCAUUUUUCAGUUUGGUAGUCAAUUUUAUAAACAAGUUUAUGGACUCCCAAUAGCUUCAUCCAUUUCACCGUUUCUGGCGGGCACUGCAGUUAACAAUUUUCUUUUCAAAAAUUGGAAUUUUGAAGAGUAUCCUUAUAUCGGGUUAGCAAGAUAUGUGGACGACAUCUUGUUAAUUUCAGAAUUAGAUAAGGUACAAAUCGAGCAAUUAGUUAAGGAGUUGAAUAGUAAGAAUGAUCUACAAUUUACAUCUGAAUAUGAAAAAAAUCAUAAAAUACCUUUUCUAGACGUACUUAUUUGGAUAAAUGAAAAAAGUGAUGAAAUAGGUACGAGUUGGUAUAGAAAAGAAACAGCAAGUACACGAUUAUUAGAUUUUAACUCUGACCAUAGUUAUG